AUGGCCUCCUCGGAAGAUUGUAGUCCCAACGUGGUGGAUGCCCGUGAGGCGUACCUUGCAAGCUCCAGGGAGAACGAUGCAUUGCGGGGGAAAAUGAUCACAUGGCAAAGCGAAAAGGAGGAGAAAGAGGAAAAACAGCAAACACACCAAUCGCAGCAAAACAAAACCUCCAUGGAGAGCAAAAAGAACAUGAGCAUAAUCCAUAUUCACAAAUUUAUUAACAAAUUAAAAAACGCAAAUUCAGCCAACCUAGAACAAAGCUACCUCCAGACAUUGCUAGAGGACAUUAAGCAUCUGAACAUCUCCAAAUAUCUGAGCGAGAUAUUUAAUUCUGUGCUGAAUUUAAUUCAUCAUGUGAAUAGAUACUCCGAUCUCUUCCUCUUUGUUAACUUCAUACGAUAUCUGCAUGAGCAUUACGAGGACGUGAGUGAGCACAUCGACAGGACAGUGUUUUCAGAAUACUUCCGGCUGGACCAGGAGGACAGGAGUUACUUCUUCCUCGUCUUUUACGAAUUGUACAAUAAUGUUAGCGAGUCCAGCUUCUCCGCUAAUUACACGUUUUGUCCCUCGCCCCGCGGCAGCGGUGCCACCAACUCGGAGAGCAACUCCGGCGCGAAGGUGGUACCGGAUACAGCGGCGAAUGGAGAGGCGAGUGCAACGGUGAAUACAGGGGAGAAUACACGGGCGACUGCAGGGGCGAAUACACAGGCGAGCGCCGCUAUCCAAGCAAGUGAAAACUCCCCUGCAAAUGGCGCUGGAACCCCGUGUGACAGCAUGGCGCUCCAACUGAAGGAGCUGCGGACCUUCCAGAAGGCGAAAGCCACGGCGAUGAAAAACCUGCACCUGUACAUGCGCAAGGAGGGGCGCGAAACGGACCCCUUCGUUCUAGAGCACGACCUCUUCGCAAACGAAGGAAAGGAGACAAAGGGGUGGAAGAGCAACCAAGCGGACCAAAAGGCAUACAUAAAGGACAUGCUAAACGAUCCGAAUCUCCUAAAAAAAGUGAAAACAAAAAACGAGAAAAGGAAAGUACUUCUCUGCAUGUACGUCGAACUGGUGCUACAGAACAUCUGCAAAAAUAGGGACCUGCUUACCUACAUGUUUAUGAAUAUGUCAUUUUUCUUCACGCUAACGUUGGACUUGCAAGUGACGGAUAGGGACAGGAUUGGCUUGGAUACGUCGCCGCAGGAGAAGCGGGACGUGAAUGUUUACGCAACAAGAUCGGAUGUGAUGCGUGCUGUAAAGAAGCACCUCGCUGUCAGCACGGUGGUGACGUACGACUACGUCUUCUCGAAUGCGGGCACGCUGUUUGGGGGGGGUAUCGGCGGAAGCGGUGACACUGCUGGGGGAAGCGGCAGCAGUGAUGGCGACGCCAUAGCGAAUACCCCUUCCGAAGGUAGCGCCGUUAACGCAGCAAAGGGGGGAAACCCCUCUGACGCCGCUAACACAGCUAACGUCUCCAACGCAGCUGGUGCCGCCCUCCGUCUGGGCGAGGUGAGAAAUCACGUGGUGAACUUCCUGCACGUGUUCUACUACAGCAGUAUGAUGAAUCUGCUUGUCUACCUCUACGGAGAGCACCUCAUCAAUGAAUACAGCAUUGGGAGGAAAAGGAAUCCCCUCCAGACGGAGGACUACGAUUUUUUUAGUGUGUACGAUAAGUGCGUGAAGCUGUGCUGCUACUUAGGGUUGGAGGUCCCCAGUUUGGACGCUAUUCAAGUGGUGGGGAUAGAGCUGCUAGGCAUGAAGGACGCCAGCGUUAAGCACAUAAAACUCUUCGACAAGAUGAAAAAUAAUAACAGGAAGGAUAAGGACGGGGCAGGUGAUGAAUCCAUCUCCUUCUGGGCCAAUGAAGAGGAGAAGGCAUUUUACACCAAAUUCCCCGACUACUCCAAUAUCAACAUUGCGCUGAAUGACGAGGAGGAGGAGGCCAGUAUUGCGAAUGUGAGCUCUGCCGCGGAGGUUGACGCUUCCACAGCCGCGGAUGCGUCUAGCCCGAGUAACGCUUCCAGCCCAGCUAAUGCUUCCGCUGCCGUUGAUGCGUCUAGCCCGGGUGGCCUGGAGACGGGCGCCCGGAAAGACCCCAAGAAGGGGUUCCCGAAGUACCUGGAGAAGCUGCUGCAAAUGAACAACGAGAAGGAGCUGCAGGAUCACGUGAUGACCUUUCUGCUAAACUAUAAUACAAAGAGGAAGAGAAAGCUCGUGGCGAACAGCAUCACGCACAUUAACCAAGUGGUGCUGAACUUGAUUCCCUUCUACUGCCGAUAUGUAGCCAUUAUUAAUGUGUAUAGGAAGGACAUGGCGGUGACGAUAAUCGAGGAGCUAAAGCGAAUAACAGAAAAGUUAAUCAAAGAAAAAUUGCCUUGCCAAAAUAAGAAGACCAAGUGCAUAAAGUAUAUUUGUGAGCUAGCCAAAUUUAAGCUUCUAGACAUGACGUACAUUUUGGACGUCCUACAUCUUCUGAAUGAGAAUUUUACAUCCGAUCACGCGGAGCUGUCUCUCUACAUUUUGGAAAACUGUUCUCUCCUCCUAAUUAACAACUCAAAGACACACAUCCGUUUUAUAAACCUAUUAGAGAAGAUAAAAAAAAUGAAGACCUCGAGGAAUCUCUCUACCUCGUUUGACCUGCUCUUCGAAGAAUGCUGCAUCAAGAUAGAGCAAGAAUUUGAUCCCCAAAAGAAGAAUGCUAAAAGGAAUAGAAUCAAAUCGAAGUAUUCAGAAGAGAAUUUAAAAAAAAAAAAUUUCCUAAAAAAGCUACUUUUUCAUGACAUAGAAGAAAGUUCCGCUGAACAGAUAAGCAUCCACGUGAGGAAGUUCAAUUGGGAUGAUCUCUUUUUUACUUCCUUACUGAGGAAGUACAUUUUUAAGUUCUUAAUUUAUAUGAGCAUAUACCAGAUUAGGAACCUGGCGUCUCUCUUAUUCUACAUCGCCAUACACAGACCUAACUUCGUCACGCAAAUUAUAGAUGAGCUGUAUGAGCGCAUCGUACACAUUAUCGAGGAGAACGAUUUUAAGAAGUUCAACUUACUCAUUCAGUAUGCGCAUUUAUUUUCUGAACUGUUUAUUUAUAAGAUCCUCAGUUCCAGCAAUGUGCUGGAUUUGCUGUACUUUUUGGUUGCCCUUUCCGACGCGGACAUGGCCAACGUUCACCACGUGGCUAGCAUCCAUCGGCUCUUCUACGAGAACAGGCGAGCCGCUCUGCGGGGGGGAAACGGCACGUUUGAGAGGAAAUCCCCAGACGGCUCUUUUGAGAGCAAAGCGGGAAACUGCACUGUUGACCAAGGCGACCACUUCUCCUUCGACGACUACACAAACCCGCUUCACAAAUUCCUGCUGAUCAAUAGGAACAGCCCAGUCUUCCGCAAUCUCCUGGAGGACCCCGAAUGUAGCAGUUUCAUUAACAUCAAGAUGGUCUGUAUAAUCAUAGAAAGGUGCGGAAAGUACUUCCAGAACGCCCCCCUACUGAAAUUCAAAUGGACAAAGUUCUUUCUAAUUUUUAUCAGAUUUUUGCGUGUACAGGAACCGCUUCCUGUGUAUAUUACCAACUUAACAGAUGGCAUCAUUGAUCUGUUUUGCAAAGACAUGCGGGUGCUGACCACGGUUAAGCAGGUAGAUAAAUACCUCCUCAGAUUGUUGAAGUGUGAAUACAGAGUGUACCUGAGCAUAAGCGGAAAUGGUGUAGACGCCAUUCGAGGUGAAGAUGCUUCUCGGGGUAAAGACGACGCUCGUGGUGAAGCAGCUUCUCGAGGCGACUCUUCCCUUUUUGUCACCGGAGAUGAAUUAACUUUUCGACUCGAUCCAGAAGAUUCUUCUCCGGAGCAGCACAACGACGUAGGCCGUGACAGGCUGAAGGGGAACACCCGCAGGGUGGAGGCGGGAUAUCCCCACGGGGGGGGUAGAAGCUGGCCGCAGGAAAAAUCGGGUGAGUACACCUACGGGGCCGCCUACCAAAAUCGCUACGGAGUCACCUACCGAGAUGGCCAUCGAGAUGCUCGCCCAGGCACGCAAGUUCGGGGCAUUACAGCAGAGGAGAGUCUCUCCAAGCAGGACCAACAGGGUAACUACGUCAAAGAGGAGAACCAACAUGGCAACCAGGUCAAAGAGGAGGACGCAAUUCCCAACGAAGACAUCGACGAUGAAAUUAACGCAAUAAUUAAAUCAUCCAUUGCGGAAAACAGGUCUUGCCAGAGCAGGAGGGCCGCUCCGCAGAACAUCAAGAACGCUACGCUGUAUAGCAAGCUGCUCGGUAGAGCGGCCAUACCGGUUGGCGCCAAGUGUGUCAAGUGA